AGCUGCGGUCACCGCCGGGUCUCUCUCGGUGAGUGCCUGUGUUCCUUCACGGCUCGCCCGUCCCGGGGUGAGUGUGAAUUUGCUCCAAAGGGCGCAGGUACUUGGCGGCGGUGCUGCCCAUGGCCCGGCCGGAGAGAGGAUUGAGGGCGCCGGACCGGCUGGACGGUAAUUGGCACCUGGAGAUACUCAUGUUCCAGUAAUCAAGAGGGAGCCUAGCUGCUUCUUCAUGAUCCAGGGGCGUGUGGCCCAGUGAAGUUCCUGAGUGGUUCAGCAUGACCUUGCUGCUCCUGGGUGCGGUGCUGCUGGUGGCCCAGCCCCAGCUUGUGCAUUCCCACCCGGCUGCUCCUGGCCCGGGGCUCAAACAGCAGGAGCUUCUGAGGAAGGUGAUUAUUCUCCCAGAGGAUACCGGAGAAGGCACAGCAUCCAAUGGUUCCACGCAGCAGCUGCCACAGACCAUCAUCAUUGGGGUGCGCAAGGGUGGUACCCGAGCCCUGCUAGAGAUGCUCAGCCUGCAUCCUGAUGUUGCCGCAGCUGAAAACGAGGUCCAUUUCUUUGACUGGGAGGAACAUUACAGCCAAGGCCUAGGCUGGUACCUCACCCAGAUGCCCUUCUCCUACCCGCACCAGCUCACGGUGGAGAAGACACCCGCCUAUUUCACUUCGCCCAAAGUGCCUGAGAGAAUCCACAGCAUGAACCCCACCAUCCGCCUGCUGCUUAUCCUAAGGGACCCAUCUGAGCGCGUGCUGUCCGACUACACCCAGGUGUUGUACAACCACCUUCAGAAGCACAAGCCCUACCCACCCAUUGAGGACCUCCUAAUGCGGGACGGACGGCUGAACCUGGACUACAAGGCUCUCAACCGCAGCCUGUACCAUGCACACAUGCUGAACUGGCUGCGUUUUUUCCCGCUGGGCCACAUCCACAUUGUGGAUGGCGACCGCCUCAUCAGAGACCCUUUCCCUGAGAUCCAGAAGGUCGAAAGGUUCCUGAAGCUUUCUCCACAGAUCAACGCCUCGAACUUCUACUUUAACAAAACCAAGGGCUUCUACUGCCUGCGGGACAGUGGCAAGGACCGCUGCUUACACGAGUCCAAAGGCCGGGCACACCCCCAGGUGGAUCCCAAACUACUUGAUAAACUGCACGAAUACUUUCAUGAGCCAAAUAAGAAAUUUUUCAAGCUCGUGGGCAGAACAUUCGACUGGCACUAAUUUGCUGUUAGGCUCGGGACUUUUCCUGUUGUAACUUCUGGUGUACAUCUGAAGUGGGGAGGAAAAAAAUUUUAAAAAGGCAUUUAAGCUAUAAUUUAUUUGUAAAACCCACAAAUGACUUCUGUACAGUAUUAGAUUCACAGUUGCCAUAUAUAGUAGUUAUAUUUUUCUACUUGUUAAAUGGAGGGCGUUUUGUAUUGUUUUUCAUGGUUGUUAACAUUGUGUAUAUGUCUCUAUAAUAUGAAGGAACUUAACUAUUGCACUGAAAAAAAUAAGAGAUUUUUUUUUUUCUGGAGACGUCUUUUUUGUUGUUGUUGUUGUUGUUUUAAAUAUAAUUAACCUGCCUCCAAUUCGAAAUAGCUCUUUGAUUUUCACCCUCCUUGUCAAAUCUAUAAUCUUUUUCUGCUUAAAAAAAUUAUUGAUAUUAUGGACCUUUCUCCUCUCUUUUCUGAAUUUGUUUUUUUUUUUUUUUUAAUUUUAAUGCCUGACUGUGGUCUUCAGAUUUAGUUUUUAAUUGCACUUUGAAUUCCCUCCUCACCGAGAGAGUAUCAUUUUUGGAAGUGGCAGUUUUAUUCAUGUUCGAGUCAGCCCGCAUGUGGGUUCAACCCCCGUAGCCUGCAUAUGGGUUUAACCUCUUCCAGCUUGCAUGAGGGCUUAACCUCUGCCAGUCUUCAUGUGGGUUUAACCUCUGCCAGUGUAACACAUAUGAGUUUUAAGUGAAGAAAAUGGCACUGAGAAUUAAAAACAGAGGAGAACUGGCGAGAGGUUCCUUAAGAUCCAACUAGUCUUAGAGGAUACGGACAAAACUCAUAAUAAACAAGCUUACAUCCUUGGAUUUCAGAAUGAUCUUGGAGCUGUAAACUUUACUUUGGGGGGCAACUGGCCUCUGCAAAGCUACUUAAGAGAGAGCAAGAAACAUUCAAGUUCUCUUUGUGUGUGUGUCUGUCCAGCCUAAAUCUCGCAUGAGGAGCAGAAUAAGUAGGAGCCUUUGCUCACUCUUUGUUUUCUGAAAAAUCAACAUGCACUUAUGAUCUUCUAUUUCAUGCUCAUAGAGAUAUAACUUCAAAAUUGGCUCCAACUUUAUAGUUUUGAAUAGAAAAAAAAUUAAAACUCCCAAGGACUGAAGUUAAGAUGUGAAAAAAAAAAAAUCACAACAGAACCCGGUGCACCUGCUCACAUAAAUGGAGUUUCCCUUCUCCUUAGAACAGCCACAAAGCAGAGGCUGGUCACAAAAGCCAGUUCUAAGUCUCUGGAUUGUCACACAUACCUGACAUUCAAUCUUUUAUGAUUAAAUAGACUAGAUCUUUUCCAUAGUAAUAAAUAUGGAUAAGAUAAUAAAGAUACUAAACUGUGAUCAUUACAGUGGGAAAGAAUGCAAGAGAGCAGAAUAAAACCAUUUCCUGAUGGUUUGUUCUGAGGGAAUGAAACACAAGCAGGCAUCCUGGAUUGCUUUCUCCAUCUUAGAACUCUCUGAAACUUCCCUCAAGCAAACUUAAGAUGGAGGCGUUAUUCUGACAAGUUCAAAGAAUAGAGAAUAUGCCCUGAAACACAGGACACUUGUUGAAGGUCACACUAUCAGGUUUAGAGCCUGGUUGCAUAU